CUACCGAUAACCUCAGGGCAGGCCAUAACAGAUCAUUUUGUUAAUUGUCCACAAACCGGUGCAAGCAUUGCUAAAAUUAUUUACGAAACAAGAACAAUAAUUAUAACAACAACAGCAGCAGCUACAAAUUCUAAUUAACGACGCAGUUUUUGGCGAUGUUCAGAAGCCACCAAUAAAUUACUAAACCAGCACCAACAACAACAACAAUAAUACAAUGCAAUUGUUGUUUUUUCUGCUGACCCUGAGUUCUAUUGGAGGACUUCAUGGUCAGGCGGUCGAGGAGGAGCCUACAAAUAUUGUCCACUAUCAACCAGAGCAAGUGCACUUGUCCUUUGGAGAGAUCAGCGCUAGUGAAAUUGUUGUCACAUGGUCAACGCUCAGCCUACCGCCAAAUGCAUCGAGCAUAGUUGAAUAUGGUUUACUUCGAGAAACUGGUCAAAACCUGGCCAGUGUUCCUUUGAGCCAACGUGCCGAAGGUCAGGCCAUCAAGUUUGUGGACGGUGGCCACAAACGAGCAACACAAUAUAUCCAUAGGGUCACACUGCGAGAGCUCAAGUUGAACUCGUCAUAUGCAUAUCAUUGUGGCAGCUCGUUUGGCUGGUCAGUGUUGUUCCAAUUUCGUACUUCACCCACCGCCGGAUCGGAUUGGUCACCAACAUUGGCUAUUUAUGGUGAUAUGGGCAAUGAGAAUGCUCAAUCCUUGGCACGUUUGCAACAGGAGACGCAGCUGGGCAUGUAUGAUGCCAUUUUGCAUGUGGGUGACUUUGCCUACGACAUGAGUUCGAAAGAUGCGCGAGUUGGCGAUGAGUUUAUGCGUCAAAUUGAAUCAGUGGCCGCCUAUUUACCCUACAUGGUGGUGCCAGGCAAUCAUGAGGAGAAAUACAACUUCUCGAAUUAUCGGGCUCGCUUCAGCAUGCCGGGAGCUACUGAGAAUAUGUUCUACAGCUUUGAUCUGGGUCCCGUGCAUUUUAUUGGCAUAUCAACAGAAGUCUAUUAUUUCCUUAAUUAUGGCGUUAAAUCAUUGGUCUUUCAAUAUGAAUGGCUUAAGGACGAUUUGGCCAGGGCCAAUUCGAAAGAGAAUCGCUUGCAACGUCCAUGGAUAGUUAUCUAUGGCCAUCGGCCAAUGUAUUGCAGCAAUGAGAAUGACAACGAUUGCACCCACUCGGAGACAUUGACACGUGUGGGUUGGCCAUUCCUGCAUAUGUUCGGAUUAGAGGAUUUGCUCUAUGAAUACGGUGUUGAUGUGGCCAUUUGGGCUCAUGAGCAUUCCUAUGAACGUCUGUGGCCCAUCUAUGAUUAUGUUGUGCGUAACGGUUCGUUGGGUUCACCCUAUGAGAAUCCCCGCGCACCGGUGCACAUAGUCACUGGCUCGGCCGGCUGUAAGGAGGGACGUGAACCCUUCAAGGGCAAAAUACCCGAAUGGAGUGCAUUCCAUAGUCAAGAUUAUGGCUAUACACGUCUAAAGGCUCACAAUCGGACACAUUUGUAUUUUGAACAAGUGUCGGAUGAUCAACAAGGCGCCAUAAUAGAUCGAUUCUGGUUAAUUAAAUCAAAACAUGGCAGCUAUGCCAAAUUAUAAGAACGAACGAAAGACGAAAAGCAAACAAUUCCACACAAGAACAAAUUUUAAAGCACAAAGAAGCAAAAAACAAUUAGAGCAGUAUUACCACAGAGCACAUACUUUCCAGUAAUAAUUAACAAAGAAUACAUUAAACAAAUCUAUAGAUAAUAAAUAGGAAAAUAAAGGAAAAGCUACAUAAGAGCCUUAAAAAGUCUAAUAAUCGAAAUUAAGUGUAAAUGUUAUGUAACUUAAUGCAUUUCAUUUUAUUCGGUUACGAAUCAAAACCUCAGCUGAUGUAUUUUAAUUCUAUAAAUGGUAUUACUUUUUAAGUGAAUAAUAUAUAUAUACACAUACAUACAAAAAUGUUUAUAAGGAUCCACUCCGGAUCUGGUCGCCUCUUCUCAAAA